AUGAGCAAGGAAGACUCAUCGAAACGCCCACAGUUCAAAAAAUGGAACGGCACAGUUCUUCUGGUUUUCCAAGGGUUGGUGAUUGUUGCAGCUACUUCAAGGUUUUCCCGUCUCUUCAACUCCCGCGUUCUAAUGCCUGAACUGGUUCGAUUCCAGCCGGCAAGAGAAUUCUCCGAGGAGAAGCGCUCGCUGCUAUGUUUUGUCAUGUUGGCUCAUGAUCAGUAUGGAGUCCGUGCUCAUCAAGUCAUGGAUGCCUGGGGACCACGCUGCGACAAGCUGCUCUUUGUGGGUGCCAAAGAAGAAGAAAACGCAACAUCCAUUCCUCACGUGAAAUUGCUGGAAAAAGAGGAAGAUACGCCUGGAGAACUCUCACGGAAGGCUCAUCGCGCCUGGAAACACAUCUAUGACAACCAUGUGGACGACUACGACUUUUUCAUGAAGGCAGAUCUGGACACUUACAUGCUCAUGGACAACUACUUUAGUUUCAUCAAACGCCUGGAUCCAUCCAUACCUCAUUACUUUGGUCGACAGUUCAAAGAACUUCGAAACCCCGCCAGAACGUUUGUGGCUGGUGCUUCCGUGACACUCUCCAGGGCAGCCCUUCAAAGACUAGGGCGAGCUUUCAAUAAUGACAACAAACAAUCGAACAAGUGUUCAACGGCAUCAUGGAAAGAACAUGGCCAUGGGGAUGAUGUGGCACUGGCGCAUUGUUUGGCGACACUGGGGAUUUAUAGUUUAGAUACGCGCGAUGAACUUGGUCGAGAGCGUUUUAUGGUGUUUAAUGUUGAUUUCAUGAAGAGCGAUGUGAAUCUCCCUUCGGAGGACUGGUAUACCAGAAUGGCAUUCAAUUCGAAAAUCGGUCCUGGCUGCUGCUCGGACAAAGCGAUUUGCUUUCAUUACGUCGACAGUAGCAAGCUCAGUGUUCCCCUCGUGUUCAAUAAUGGAGUGUGGGAUUGGGAUCAUAACGCAUCAUCAGCCACGGCUAUAGCAAUACAUUGA